AUUGCAAUUAAUCUCUUUAUAGAUGUCUAAUCUGAGUUCUUUUGCGGACAGUAAAGUGUUAACUGUCAUUUCUAUAGAAAUUGUGAAGAUAAGACUUUCUCAAACAGUGAGAACGGUUGCAAUAUUUGUGGUUCGUUUUUUUUAUUUAAAUUUUUGUAAGGAAUUUUGUUUUCCCUGAUGCAAUUGAUCUGCUUGUAAAUGCAAUUACCGAGUUCAUUGCUGUCCUUAAAUCUGCCAUUUGUACAGUGGGUUAAAUGUUUAUAACUGCCAUUUCUGUAGAAAUUAUGACGAUAAGAGUUUUUGCAAGUAGUACAAACGGUAAUGUGACAAUUGGAUCUAUUGAGAUGUUCUCUUUUUAGUUUUGUUUCCCUUUUUUUUUGUGGUGUAUAUGAAGCUGCAUUUUGAUGUUCUCAUUGUUUUGUGAUUGGGAUAUUUAUUUGUGUGUUUUUCUGGUGGAUUUUGGCUCUGUAAUUCAUUCAACCUGUUGUUUGAUGUUUUAGACUGAGUUCACUGCAAUGUGUUGUGUGAAUUCAAGUUCGAUGUGCAUGUAGUGCCAAAAUGUUUGUCACAGUCAUUCCAGUGGCAUAUUUUAUUUUCUGAAGAAAUUUAUUCAGAUAUAGUUGGAGAUAUGAAAGUUUAUUAUCGUAAUAUUGUGUGAUUGCAUUUUAGAGUUAGAUGUGUCUUUGAAGGAACUUUUAUUUUCUAUUUACAAGAAUAUACUUUUUCUUCCCAUAUGUCUAAGCUUUGGUGGGAGUUACCCGGUACAUCUACUCUUGGAAGGUAGCAGGUAUAUGGUAAAAUAGUCGAGGUGCGCACAAGUUGGCGCGGACACCACUGUCGUUAAAAUAAAUCCUUUUAUUCUUUUUCUUCUUUCAUCAGCAAAGUGGAUGUCUUAAAUUGAGUCCAGUUACUAUUCCCUAGACUACAUUCAGCAUUAAACAGUCUUUAGACACUACCGGAGAUUUUUCAGUUUUUAGUAUUUUAUCUAUGUUUGGAGGGUUUUCUUGCAUUAAUUGAGUAUUGAAAAAAGUUAAAUUUUUUUGUCACCGUCUCUAGAUAUUCUUUCUUGUGUAGUUCUAUUUGUUUUGUUUUAUAUUCUGUCACUAUCUAAUACGCGCUGGCAUUAAGUAAAAAUGCAAGUCCUACAUUCUGAUGCUUUUGUCAUUGCUGAAAGUAGGGACCAUUGAAGCGAACAUUUGAUUGGCAAAUCUUUUGAUUUGAAGUGAAAUAUUUAUUUGUUUUGUAUCUUGUGCUUAUAAGAGAGGGUUCAUUCUAUGAGAUGAACUAGCGUAGCGGCAGACUUAUCUAUCAUAGCUCUGUGUUUCUUAACAAGAUCUUUCUACUUAGUAAUUCCCCAUAUUUUCAUGUCAAAGCAAAGCCAAGAUUCCCUGAAUGUUGUAGAAUUACCGGCUGAAGGAACCACAGGCCCUCUGUGUGAAUCACAUUUAGACAUGGUGAACCUAUCCAAUCUAAAUUUUGUGAAGACGCCAAUCUCAAUGGAUGCCAAAUCAAAUGGCCGAAACCAUGCCAACCUGAAGAAUGGUAGCACAGAUGUUGAUGGCUCAUAUAUUUUGGAUAUAGAUACUGAGAAAGGAAAAUCUGAGGCACCUAAAUCCAUUCAGGAAAUGGGUGGGAAUGUGAAGACGGAUGAUUGUAUAGCUAGGAUGUUGCAGAGAGAAAUUGCAUCACUGAUGGGAGGUAAGUUCAUGCAACUCCUGAUGAAUCACAGUGUUGAGUUGCCCAAAUUUGCUUGUAAAGAUAAAUGUUUGACCGAGAAAGUAUAUGAUGCAUCUAGCAACAGACUCAGAAAAUACAAGCGCUCUGCAUCUUUUAAUUCAAGAAGAGUUGUUCUCCUUUUCUCAUUCCUGUCGAGCAUGGGGACAAUCAUACUCAUUUACCUUACUCUAAGAGUUAGAAUGAGCAUUGAUGGGGCUGGUAAUGUUUAGUCUCUGCUUCUCCUGUCAUCCACUCACGCCCAUCAUUUGCGAAAAGAGUUUUGCUAGGAAUAUCUUGCUUUCGCGCGCUCAAUCAAGUGUCUCGGUUCAUGUUUCUCCGUCGGAUGUACACAGUGCUGUAGAAGGCAAAGGCCUCAGGUGUUUGGGGUUGGAGAGCAGGGGUCUGAGGUUUCAAAGGGUAAGUGCCAAUCACAUGUAUUUAUCAUAAAAGGGAAGAAAAGGUGUCAUUCACAAGUGUCCUAACACAGGCUAAAAGUCUAACAAACUGAAAUGGUCAACUUUCAUCCUUAACGGCACAGAGAAUGGCCAAAAGAAUCGAAUUCCUGAAUUAGGAAAACCAAAAGCCGUUUCAUAACAGCAACAAGUGCAUCUUCAAUGAUUUCCUACUCGUCAGAAUCUAAAGGAUUUGUACAAACUGAAAUUGACAAAAAAACUCAUUUUUAUCUAAGAAAAUAGCUAAUUGAACAUCGUAAUAAUAACUGGAUGCAACUGCAUUUUCCUGUAUCCAACUUCUUUAUCUCUGUCUUCCACUUAAAGUAGAAAAAUUAGCAAGCACAACCUCCCUCUUGCUGCUCCGUUUUAGAUGUAUCUGCUGUAGGCUUCAAAUUCACGUCGACCAUAUCUUCCGAUUAUAUGGAUGAUAGUGUUUCCAUCCCUGGUAAAGCAGCAGCAAUUUUUCAGAAUAGAGCUGUUUUAGAAUCUACUAGAACAUUUGAAGUUGCACUAGUAUUUUUCAUCAAUUUUCCAACUACCAAAUACUCCUCUCAAGUGAACGAACAGAAGUGGAUGCCCAAAAUUGUCUUAGAAAAUAAGAUUCAAGAGCAAGACCACAACACUACGGAUUUGCAAAUCUAUGAUGGAUGCCAAAAGCAAAAUCCUAAACAUGAAUUAAAUCAAGUCAUGCCAAUUUAAAAAGAAAGCAAAAUACCACAUAACUUAAAGAAUGCACACACAACACCUGGAUAAGCAGGCAAUGCAAAAAAAGGAAUAUAUCAAGUAAAGAAACAUCCAUCUUGAUAACCCCACCUUUUAAUUUACUACGACUAACAUUCUGUCCGAGGUGAAUUACUUUGUUAAAGCAUGAUCUUGUGACAACAUUUCAUAUCUAACCAUGCCUGAUAUGUAAUUAAUCCUAAAUAUGCAAAAUUACUAAUUUCUCUACUUUUGGAAUCCACUGCAAAGCAUGUAGAUUUUGCUUAAGUGGCAAAACUAAUCUUCUGUCCUAGAUGUAUCAGUUGGACUAGGAAUGAUCUUCUGGUAGCAUAGGCUAAUGACCAGUGUACAUUUGAGACCAAAUUUAAACGGAAGGUAUAGUUGUUCCA